AUGGGUGUCCCCGCGCUUUUCCGAUGGCUCUCCAACAAGUAUCCAAAGAUCAUUUCGCCGGUGAUUGAGGAGCAAGCCCAAGAAGUGGAUGGAGAAGAGAUCCCGAUCGAUAUCACCGGUCCCAACCCCAAUGGCGAGGAGCAGGAUAAUCUUUACCUGGAUAUGAACGGUAUUGUACAUCCGUGUACUCAUCCGGAGGGAAAGCCCCCACCAGCGAACGAGCAGGAGAUGAUGCUGGAGAUCUACAAGUACACCGACCGCGUGGUCAACAUGGUCCGCCCCAGGAAACUUCUGAUGAUUGCUAUUGAUGGUGUCGCACCGAGAGCCAAGAUGAACCAGCAGCGCGCACGUCGAUUCCGCUCGGCGCAAGAAGCUAAAGAGAAUGACGACAAGAAGGAGGAGCUCCAAAAGAUGCUUGCCAAGCAACAUCAGACAAAGACAGGAGAGCAAUUGAUCCAGGAGGAGGUUGUUCAGAAGACGUGGGAUAGCAAUGUCAUCACACCGGGAACACCCUUCAUGGACAUCCUCGCUGCUUCGCUGCGAUAUUGGAUUGCCUACAAACUCAACACCGACCCGGGCUGGGAAAAUUUGAAAAUCAUCAUUUCGGACGCCACAGUUCCUGGAGAAGGAGAGCACAAGAUCAUGGAAUUCGUGCGAUCACAGCGCGCCUCGCCUGGUCACGACCCCAAUACUCGCCAUGUUAUCUAUGGUCUGGACGCCGAUCUGAUCAUGCUGGGACUUGCUACCCAUGAACCCUACUUCCGUGUAUUGCGUGAGGAUGUGUUCGCCCAGGACUCAAGACCUCGGGGCUGUAGACUAUGCGGACAGACAGGACACAAGGCUGAGGAAUGUCUAGGCAAGUCAAAGGAGAAGAGUGGAGAAUUCGACGAGAAGCAACAUGCUGCUCCUCUUAAGCCAUUCAUUUGGCUCCAUGUUGCUGUCCUCAGAGAAUAUCUUGCUGUUGAGCUUCAUGUUCCUCAGCAGUCAUUCCCAUUCGACCUCGAGCGUGCCCUGGAUGACUGGGUAUUCAUGUGUUUCUUCGUUGGUAACGAUUUCCUUCCUCACUUGCCCAGUCUAGACAUUCGUGAGAACGGUAUCGAUACUCUUAUCGCGAUCUGGCGUGACAAUGUCGCCGGCCCUAUGUCUGGAUAUCUUACAAAGGAUGGAAGUGUUGACAUGAAAAAUGCUCAACUCAUCUUGCAAGGACUGGCCAAGCAAGAGGAUGCUAUCUUCCAGCGCCGCAGACAAGCCGAUGAAAGAAAGCAGGCAAACGAGAAGCGACGCAAGGAACAAGAUGCAGCUCGGAAUGCAGAGCGUGCUCAAAAACGGAGACGCAGCUCUCCCCAGUACGAUUCACCGCAAAACCGCUCGCGUGGCGGUGGUGCUGAGCCUGCUCCUCCCAUGGAAUUGAUCACUCCCGGUCGUGGUCACUUGGCCAAGGAGACCCGCGAAUUGACACACAGCAUGGUAGUCAACCGUGGUGCUGUAUACCGUGCCAACAUGGAGAACAAGAGUGCUGCUGCUAUUUUGAAGAGCAAGCUCAUGAAGGGUCCGCAGGACGAACCUGCAGGCGAGACUCCAGCCACUGAGAGCAAAGAAACAUCAAACGCCGCGGAGCCAACUUCUCCUUCAGUCCUCGGAAAGCGUAAGGCCGAUGAAGCCGAACAGCAGGAUACCGAGGCAGGAACACCGGGCAGAGACUCUCCUCCACCUGUUGCCCCUGUUCCCGAGAACAAGCCUAAUGGUGACGAAAUGCCUGAAGACACAGUCAAACUCUGGGAACCGGGUUACGCUGAUCGAUACUAUGAGCAAAAAUUCGGCGUCGAUCCCAAAGACAUCGAGUUCCGUCACAAGGUUGCGCGUGCCUACGCCGAAGGUUUGGCCUGGGUUCUCCGCUACUAUUUCCAGGGCUGUCCAAGCCAAGGGUGGUAUUAUCCUUAUCACUACGCACCGUUCGCCGCGGACUUUGUUGAUAUCGCCGACAUGGAGAUCAACUUCGAGAAGGGCAAGCCAUUCAGGCCAUUUGAACAGCUGAUGGGAGUCUUGCCUGCCUCGUCUAACCACGCAUUGCCAAAGGUCUUCCAUCCUCUCAUGUCCGAUCCAAACAGUGAGAUCAUCGACUUCUACCCGGAGGAUUUCCCUCUGGACUUGAACGGCAAGAAAUUUGCCUGGCAAGGUGUUAUUCUCCUUCCUUUCAUUGACGAAAAGCGUCUUCUGGGAGCCAUGGAGAAGGUUUAUCCUCUUCUUACUGAAGAUGAGAGAAGCCGCAAUACUCACGGUUCGGAUGUACUUUUGCUAUCUGACCGAAAUCCAUUGUACCAAGACCUCGUUGCGAACUUCUAUUCCAAGAAGCCCGGUCCUGCAAAAUACACAAUCAAGCAAGAGUUGAGUGGUGGUCUGGCUGGUAUCGUUGAGCGUAGCGACACCUACAUUCCUCACAGCUCGCUAGACUCUCCCCUGGAGGCAUAUGGCAUGCCGGGAGUUGAUGAUGAUCGCUCUCUUACUGUCCAAUACACUAUCCCGAAGUCUUCUCACGUUCACAAAUCCAUGCUUCUCCGCGGCGUGAAGCCCCCAACACCGAUGCUGGAUUCAAACGAUAUCAGAGCGACCAAGGGCCGAGCCCAGAAUUCAGGCCGCUCAUUCGGUGGCGCACCGUUCCAGGGCAGAGGACGAGGUGGCCGCAUGAACUACCAAAGUGACCGCCCAAACCCCUUUGCUGCCCAUCUCGACCCGAACUUCAGCUCUGGUCCACCCGGUGGUCCUGGUGGGCCACCCGGAUGGGUCCCCCCUGGCCAAAACUACGGAGGCUACUCACGAGGUCCCCCUCCUCCACCCCGUGGUGGAAUGUCGUAUCAGUACCCGCCCCAGCAGGGUUAUCAACAGCCUGGUGACUACUACGGCCGCCAGAACCAGUACAACCAAGGUGGUCAGUAUAACGGACACCAACAAGGCUAUGGCUCGCAGGAUUAUCGCGGAGGCCGUGGAGGUGGUGGUCGUGGUGGCGGAUAUCGUGGUCAGCGCGGUGGUGGUGGAUACGGUCGGUAUUAG